AUGGUUGAGGGUGAAUCAAGCAAUGCAAGGGAGAGAAGGCUUAAAAUGCAAGCCGAUUUGGAGAGGAUGACUCAAAGGAUGGAAGAGUCUGAUGCAGAGGAGUAUGUGUACUCUGAGGAAGAGUCUGAGAAGGAGGGAAAUGGCUCUCCAAGUGAAGAAGGAAGUGAUGAGACUGAGAGUGAAGAGGAAGGAGAAGAGGUGAAUCAGUUGGUUGAGAGAGUGAGCAAGAGAGUAACCAAGAUGAACCUAUGGAGGAGGUUGAGCCACAAGAGGAGGAGGAAGAACUCCCUAUGUACCAAGAGCACUACAAUGCCCUCUUCUCCAUGGACUUCAUGGAUACCAAGUACCCACAUGUUGACACAAUGA